AAGUGGUGGGAUCAAAAAAGAAAAGACUUUUACUUUGGGAUGUAUACGGUGAUACACUUAGUCUUGGGAGUGGUACUACCUCGGGGCGUAACCAGACACAUUCUAUAUAAGAGUGGUCCAUGCCGGAUGUUUGACCCAGAACAUCAGGAACAGUGAAAGUGCAUCUGACAUACGUGUCGUUUUUCUACCGGAACUCGAAAUAAUGAGAAUCUAUAUAAUUGCGUGCCUCCUCUGCGCCGUAGCUUUUGCAGAGAAGAAAAUCAAUUUAGACGAUAUUGAGAGGGACAACCUUAGAUCGGAAGGCAAAGUGGAAAAUGAGACCAUUCAGCCGCAGGAAACUAAGUAUUCCGUAAAACCAGAAGUGAAUCGUCAACAGGAAUAUCAACAGAAAGGUAACCAGUAUGAGACUGUGAACAAUCAGGCAACUGGUUAUACUGGUGUCCAGCAAACUUCAGAUAUUAAAUACACGGUGAAACCCGAGGAUUACAAUCAAGAAGCCAAGUACUCCGGAAAUGAUGGGAUUUACCAGGCCCAGAACACUAUUUUACCAUCAAGCCAGCAAAAUACACUUCCAUUACAAUACUACACCGGAUAUCAACAAUCGGAUGUGGGGCAGAAGAUAGUAAGCAGCCCCCAAGCGGCAUACGAACAGCAACAGUUUUACCAACCGGAAGUAGUAGUCGGAAAUCAGAUACAAAGCGUUCAACAGAAAGCCGCUACAGAAAGAUACGUACAGGACGCGAACAAAGACACACUCUACGUGGAUAUUCCAACGAAUCAGCUGCUGUCCUACUAUCCGAACCUGGCGAUCAAUCAAGUUAGCGCAGCAAAGAGUCAAGUGCAGCCGCUGCUACAUCGUUUGGCUACCGAAGCUGCUCAAAAAGUUUCUAUCCCCGUUUACGGACCAGCACUUGCUCAAAAUCAGCUAAAUGGACCUGCAUACCAAAUUCGGUCUCAAUACGUGACUUAUGCCCCAAAAUAUCCUCAGCAUACUCAGGCAUUAUUCUCCAACAAGGCAUCUCAGAGCCAGGUGUAUGCCACUAACCCGUUUACCCAGAAAGUAUACUCUGCACCACAAGCUUAUACAACAGCUCUAUACAGUCAACCUGAACAGCAAGCUUAUAGUCAACCUACGAAGUUUGCCUACACGAACGCCUACUUCACGCAACCUCAGACACAGUACCAGCUUGUUUACACUCAGCCCGGUGCCGUUUAUUCGCAAGGCACGCCAAUCUAUUCCAAUCUCCAUGCUCAAGCACCUGCUUAUGUGCAAGAUAAUGGACUUGGAUAUAGUCAACCAAAUCAGUAUAACCAAUACAGUCAUUAUACUCAGCCACAACAGUUCUAUAUACCCUCGUCGGUUUCUGAACAAUUGACAAAGAACAUUUUAUAUCAAUCGAAUCAACAGAAUGUUCAUCAAAACUAUGCUAAAAUUCCUGAAGCACCGAGAUCUAAUCUUGCCCUUCCGCAAUUGCCUGCGCAGAAUUUCAAAGAUCAUGUUACGCAACUGAGUGCUGUACCUGAAAGAACUGACAAUAGUUAUGUUGUUAAAAGUCAUCAUGAGCUUUCUGCCCAGCCAAAGUCAUUGCUGGAUUCUUAUACACCAAGUCAUAUAAUCAUUGCACAGGAUGCAGCUCGAUACAGGGAAAGACCUAUUAAAUUGGAAAGUGGUUUCCUGCCAUCAAAGGGAAGUUAUAGUACCUCAUAUAAAAAACGCAAAUCUGAAUGAAAUGGAAAGCUCGUCACAGGAAUCAAUGACAAAAAAAAUCAUCGUCAUGUCGAUGACAUUGAUACGACCGGAAAUCGACAGCAACAUCUCAUCUAGUCCCUCAUCGAGAAUCACAAAUGGCACGUACUCUGUAUAACGUUAUAAGGCUAUGUAUACGUAAAUUGAUUUUUUAUACUUUUUUUAUAAAUAAAAACUUAUAAAUUA